AUGUACAGCUUUAUGGGAGGGGGCCUUUUCUGUGCCAUAGUUGGUAAUAUCCUCUUGGUGGUCUCCACUGCAACGGACUACUGGAUGCAGUACCGUCUCUCUGGAAACUAUGCCCAUCAGGGCCUGUGGAGGUACUGCAUCUCCAACAAGUGCUACAUGCAGACUGACAGCAUAGCUUACUGGAAUGCCACCCGGGCCUUCAUGAUCCUUUCAGGGAUGUCGUGCUUUGCCGGCAUCAUAGCUGGCAUCAUGUCUUUUGCUCACUUCUCCUCUUUUGAAAGGUUCAACCGCUCCUUUGCUGCAGGAAUCAUGUUUUUCGUCUCCACUUUCUUUGUUCUGCUCGGUAUGGCCAUUUACACUGGAGUGACAGUCAACUUCCUCGGGAGACGCUUUGGGGACUGGCGCUUCUCCUGGUCCUACAUCCUGGGCUGGGUGGCCAUGCUCAUGAACUUCUUUGCAGGUAUUUUCUACAUAUGUGCCUACAGGAUGUGUGAGUGCAGGAGAGGGAACGGCCCUCGAUAGAGGGCGACAGACAGUUUGUUUAAAAGAGGACAAUGCCACUUUGAGUCGAGGACAGACACCGCACAGUGUUGACUGAUCUACUGAAGAGAUGACGUCUGAUGCUGGAGGCCUUUCACGGUCUGCUUGAUAUGUUUUCUAAAGUUAUAUUCUUGUAAUAUGGAUUUGUUUUUUAG